CGGCUGUAGGACCAUUCUCCUGGAAGCUGCUUAUGCAGCAUGGUGAACCUGUUUUUCCCAUUGGUCUUCGACCUCCCAAAUAAGUUUAGUAUGAGUCUAGAGCUUACAGCACACAAGGACCUCCCCAAACAUUGCUUAUUCCUUUGGAUCAACUAUGGCUCAUAACCCGACCACUGACCCACACAAUCUGGAGGGGAGGAUCACGUUUGAUCGGGGACAUAACCCAGACCCACCAGCCUCCGAUUGUGAUGCAGGCGAGGCGCUGGACCAGAACAAUGUUCUCAUAGAAGUCCUGCACGAGGUCGAUCUUUUUGAGGAGGACUCGAAGGAGGUGGAGAGUCAUUUCUUUCAGCGCGUAGAGCGUCAAUUGAAAAUGCUUCGCGGUCUAACUCAUGUCAACGUUGCUGAAUUCCAAGGAUGGAUGGUGAUGCUUGAAGAUGAAUCUUGGCUUCGCGCGAAAGCUGUCCACGCAAGGUGUGAGGGAGGGAAAAUCAUGGCCUACCUCAGCAUCAAUGCCAAUGUGGAUCGUCGGGACUUGGUUCUUGGUGUUUCUCGAGGGCUUUUAUAUCUUCAUUCUAAGGGAAUAGUUCAUGGGAAUCUCAAUCCGAGCAACGUGCACAUCGAUUAUGACGUCCAAAGGCGUCCCGUUCCCCGAAUCAGCGGCUUCGAAUCCUCGUACACGAUCACAGAUGAUGAUCCCGUCAACCUUAAAAUGGAGGGCCCGUGCUCUGCACCCCUGAGAUACAUUGCCCCAGAAGUUAUGGCGCAGCUCGGAUUUCUGUGCGGCCAGAAAGGUGACAUCUGGUCCUUCGGAUGUACAUCGUCACAGGUACUCCACGCUUUCUAUGUACCGACUAGCAAUUGAGAUCUCGCCUAUUUCAGAUGCUCCUUGGCAAACGCCCUUACGAGGGUAUCCAAAACGAUUACCACAUUCCAUCGGUAGUUGCGAGACAUGUGGACCCCUUCGUGUGGGAUUCUGCGGAUCCU